AUGACGUCGUCGCUUGAACAAUUCAUGAACCGGCCCAUAAACGUGAUCACUGGAGAUGGCAGAAGCUUUAUCGGUCUACUCAAGGGAUUCGAUCAGCUCGUGAACAUCGUGCUGGAAGACAGCCACGAGCGUGUAUACUCGGAGACCCAAGGUGUCGAGAAGAUCCCGCUUGGGCUUUACAUCAUCCGUGGAGACAAUGUGGCACUGAUCGGAGAAAUCGACGAAGAGCUCGACAAAAGAAUCGACUUUGAAAAAGUCAAAGCGGCUCCACUUGCUCCAAUUUGGAUUUCGAAU